AUGGCGUCGUCGUUCGGAUGGGCGCUCCGUGGCGGCGCCCUCAGGGACGCGGAUUGCGGGCACGACCCCCUCCUCUGCAACUGCUCGGCAGCUUCCACGGCGACCCAAACCCUGGACGAGCUCGAGUUUGCCCGCAGCGCCUGCCAGGCCGCCGCGGCGGGCCGCGCCGACAAGCUGGCCGGCAUUCUUCAGCGCGCCCCAGACGCGGUGCACAGCGACGGCGGCAAGGGGACAUCCGGCUACACGCCGCUCCACUACGCCGCCCGCGCGGGCCACCUCGAGUGCGCGGCGCUGCUUCUGCGCGCCGGCGCGUGCGUGGACGCGCGGACGGUGCAGGGGCGCGCGACGCCGCUGCACCGCGCGGCGCACGUGGGGAGCCUCGACGUUGUUAAACUCCUGGUUGCCGCCGGCGCAGAUGGACUAACGCAGGAUGCAGAUGGGGAGACGGCGCUGCACAAGGCGGCCGCAGAGGGCCACGCCGCAGUGGCCGCGUUCCUUAUCGCCGCGUUCACAGGCGCGUGCGGCCUGCGGGACCGGCGCGGCCGCGUCCCGCGGGACAGGGCGGCCGGCGCGGCGGCGGCGCUGGAGUGGCCGGAGCAGGAGGGUGGGGCGGGCGGCGGUGGCUGA